AUGAAAUCCAUGGUUUGUGCCCUCGUCCUGGCCGCAGUCCUGGCCGUUGCCAACAGUGCACCGUACCAAAUUGCCUACCUGGUUCCGGUCGAUGCUCCGGUAGUGCGAGUAGCUCGCUCGCCACAGUUCGGCGGUAGCGCGGCCAACGCAGGAGCGCAGUCCUUCAACCAGGGCGGUGGCUUCCCCGGUGGCUUCGGAGGUGGAUUCUCCGGAUCGGCUGCUAACGCUGCCUCGCAGUCGUUCACCCAGGGCGGCGGAUUCCCCGGUGGCUUUGGCGGUGGUCUCUCCGGAUCUGCUGCAUCGGCCGGAGCGCAGUCGUUCUCUGGUGGUGCUGGUGGCUUCCCCGGAUUCGGUGGAUUCUCUGGUUCGGCCGCCAACGCCGGAGCCCAGUCCUUCAGCGGUUAA